GGAAAGAAGGGAAGAUCUGAACCCGUCCCUACUGCGACAGGCAGCCGCUCCAGACUACUGUCCAGUUAAUAAGGUUAAAGGUCAGUGAAGAAAGUGGUCGCAGUGGACGGAGAUGAUGUCCAUGCAAAUGAAUGAAUCAGACAGUGUGGUGAAGGUGGCAGAGUGGCAGCAGACCUACUACUCCUCAGACUCUGGCAUCCAGUCAGGAGCCACCACAGUGCGGGAUGAUGAGAGCAGCACAGAGUACAGUGGCAGUAAGAAGUACACUGGCAGUACUACAACCAGUACUACCACUGCUCCUACAACUGCCUCUGCUGGAGGAGGAGGAGACACAGCAGCUGGUGGACUAGAGAGUCCCACAGAUUUAGACGCUCAGUACUCGCUAACGCGAGCUCAGCGCGUCAGGGCUGCGAUGUUCCCAGAGACCCUGGUGGAGGGGGAGGCAGCCAUGCCUGUCCAAUCAGAUCCUUCACAGCAGAGCAAUGUACAGAGACUGGCUGAGCCCUCCCAGCUGCUAAAGACAGCUAUCGUCCAUCUGAUAAACUACCAGGAUGAUGCUGAGCUAGCAACCAGAGCAGUGCCAGAACUCACCAAGCUGCUGGCAGAUGAGGAUCCGGUUGUGGUGAAUAAGGCGGCCAUGAUAGUCAACCAGCUGACCCGAAAGGAGGCAAGUCGGCGGGUGCUGGUGCAAUCUCCAACCUUGGUGGGUGCUGUGGUGCGCGCCAUGACAACAACAGUUGACAUGGAGACAGCCCGUUGCACAGCCAGCGUACUCCACAGCUUGUCACACCAGAGGGAGGGACUGCUGGCCAUAUUUAAGUCUGGAGGGAUACCAGCACUGGUCCGUAUGCUGAGUUCACCGGUGGAAUCAGUCUUAUUUUACGCUAUUACCACCCUCCACAACCUGCUGUUGCACCAAGAGGGGGCUAAGAUGGCAGUGCGUCUCGCCGAUGGCCUGCAGAGGAUGGUUCCCUUACUGAAAAAGAGCAAUCCCAAGUUCUUGGCCAUUACCACUGACUGUCUGCAGCUCCUGUCCUAUGGCAACCAGGAGAGCAAGCUCAUCAUCCUCGCUAAUGGAGGCCCAGAGGGUCUGGUGUUCAUCAUGAGGAACUACAACUAUGAGAAGCUGCUGUGGACCACGAGCCGCGUUCUCAAAGUGCUGUCUGUCUGUCCCAGCAACAAGCCAGCAAUAGUAGAGGCUGGUGGUAUGCAAGCUUUGGGCCAGCACCUUACAGGUUCAAGUCAGCGUCUGAUCCAGAAUUGUCUGUGGACACUACGCAACUUGUCAGACGCUGCAACCAAACAGGAGGGGUUAGAUGGUUUGCUGCAGAUACUAGUCACCCAGCUGGGCUCAGAUGACAUCAACAUGUUGACCUGUGCAACCGGCAUCCUGUCCAACCUCACCUGUAAUAACUCACGCAACAAGACUCUGGUGACUCAGUACGGAGGUGUGGAAGCGCUGAUCCAUGCUGUGCUUCGUGCUGGGGAGAAGGAGGAUGUUGCUGAGCCGGCGGUCUGCGCCCUGCGUCACCUCACCUCACGACACUCGGAUGCUGAGCUAGCCCAGAAUGCUGUGCGGCUGCACUACGGGAUCCCUGCUGUUGUCAAGCUGCUGGGGCAACCUCACUACUGGCCUGUAGUAAAGGCCACAGUUGGUCUGAUCCGGAACUUGGCACUGUGCCCGGCCAAUCAAGCGCCACUGAGGGAGGCAGGUGCUAUUCCACGAUUGGUCAACCUGCUGCUGAAGGCUCACCAGGACACGCAGAGACACGCCUCCUCCACGCAGCAGACAUAUCAGGAUGGUGUUCGUAUGGAGGAAAUAGUAGAAGGCUGCACAGGAGCACUUCACAUUCUGGCCAGAGACCCCAUAAACAGAGGAGAGAUCGCCAGCAUGCAGACCAUACCAUUGUUUGUACAGCUGUUGUACUCAUAUGUAGAGAAUGUGAAGCGAGUGUCUGCAGGUGUCCUGUGUGAGUUGGCCCUGGAUAAACAAUCUGCAGAGCUCAUUGAUGCAGAGGGAGCAUCAGCACCGCUCAUGGAACUGCUACACUCCAGCAACGAAGGAAUCGCCACCUAUGCCGCAGCAGUGCUGUUCCGAAUUUCAGAGGACAAGAGUUCAGACUACAGGAAGAGAGUGUCAGUGGAGCUAACGCACUCGCUUUUCAAACAUGACCCUGCUGCAUGGGAAAUGGCUCAUACUGCAGUCCCUCUGGAGCCCACAUACCUGGCUGAUGAGUUAGACACUUCUUACCCUCCCUAUGGCUACACUGAGCUGCCUCUGGAUACCCUGCCGCUAGACCCUGACCUCCAUGAGCCCUACAUCCCCGAUAUGACGUAUGACCCAAGACAGACCUACCCUGAACCUCUCUAACAGGAGAGAAAGAAAUGCUGGAAGAAAAAGAGAGAAUGAGCAAAUCACAGGAACAAAGACUGAAGGAACA